CCCCUCCCCGAACCAACCUCGGCGUCGGAGUCCCAAAUCGCCGUCGCCAUGUCGAAGCGAGGGCGCGGAGGUUCGGCCGGAAACAAGUUCCGGAUGUCGCUGGGUCUCCCGGUGGCGGCGACCGUAAACUGCGCCGAUAACACCGGAGCCAAGAAUCUCUACAUUAUAUCGGUGAAGGGCAUUAAGGGUCGGCUUAAUCGCCUCCCCUCGGCCUGCGUCGGCGACAUGGUCAUGGCCACCGUGAAGAAGGGCAAGCCCGAUCUCCGCAAGAAGGUCAUGCCCGCCGUCAUCGUGAGGCAGCGCAAGCCGUGGCGCCGAAAGGAUGGCGUUUACAUGUACUUUGAAGAUAAUGCAGGAGUUAUUGUGAAUCCCAAAGGAGAAAUGAAAGGCUCUGCAAUAACGGGACCAAUUGGAAAGGAAUGUGCCGACUUGUGGCCUAGGAUUGCUAGUGCGGCCAAUGCUAUCGUUUGAUCCCCUCGCCUUUGGAAGAAAAAGGAAACAAACUUCUACACCAAUAACCAGAAUUGGGAAAGAAGUAUACAUAUCUUCACUUUUCUGCAUUUUCCAGCUUUGAACAGGUGUCGGGCCUGUCGAAUCAUGGCUCUGUAAACAACUUGUUGUCUAGCAUUAUAUUCACUAGAAUUUCCUUGACUUUCAGCUAGAGGAUUUUAGACAUCAAACUACUGAGAAAAUGAUUUUUUUGUGCUUGUGUUUUGGUUGUGAAAGUUGCUGAAGCUUUUGGCUAGUCUUACUUCAAGUUUGUCAUUUUGAAAAAGAUUAUUCCAGAAUAGAAUGGGUGAAACCGUGAUAUAUGGAUAAUUAUUUCAGUUUCUACCCUAUUUGUUGAA